GGGGGAGGGAUAUUCAGCUGAUGCUGGGAGAAUUUGUUUGCAUGAGAUGGCAACCGACGUGAGAGACAUGGUGAGGCUGCGAUGACACCCCUCCAUCAGACCUCCCGUCGCUGCAGAUAUGAUGCAGCUUUGCAGGUUUCGGGCAUACGAGAACGCAAUCCUGAUAUUGCCUGACAGACAUAACCGGUGUAUCCCAGGCCUCUGCGGUCGGAAAAACAGGGGUCGGAAUCAACCAUUGCAUAAACCCACCUGCAAUGCCGACAUGCAUGAGAGGCAACUCUGCGGGAGUGCUAUGGUUCUACUCCGCCUAUCGAGCAUACUUACUUUUAACCACUUGUCACUGAUGGGUUUGUCGAGAUGAGAUGGGGGCGGGAAAUAGCGCGUACCCGUACCGUAUUAGAACAUAGCGCUGUUUUGGUAAUACGAUACACCACCAUCCGUCAAUAGAUAAAUGAUACCAAACAGAACGGCUCUACGGAGUAUACCAGCGUACCAUACCCCUGUCCGCCCACGUUUUGCUCGGGUCAAUCGGGGCAUCCCUGCAAUCCGCGCCCAGCGCCGCCCACGGCCAAUCAAUCGAACGGGCGCCUCCUCCUGCUGUGCUGGUUGCUGCCGUCCCUCCCCACCGGCCCUACACCACCGCUAGCCGGCGCUCCAGCGUGUGCUUUUCGCCUUCGUCCGCCGCGGCCGCCCCCCGCGCCCCCCCACUGCUGCCACCCAUCUCGCUCGCCCAGCCCACCAACAACAUGGGACCCCCCUUCCCCUUACCGCCUGGGCAGCAUGGGCUAUCUUAGCAGCGAUGGAGUCUGGAGUGACAGAACAAGGUCCAUCAGACCAGUCACAUGGCGCAUAUGACGACCUUUUCCUUGCAAGCGUUGUUCUCCCCCCCCAGCUGACCGACCCUCUUUUUCUUCCUCCUUCCUUCCUCCCCCUGUUUGCUGGCCCCAUCCAUCCAUCACGGGCAAAAGACCAAUCCGGCUAUGCCUCUGGCGCUGCUACCGCCUGUCCCAGCGGACAGGCCAGGAAAUGGGUAAACGUCGCCGCUAAUGCAAGUUUGUCACCGCCUCCGUUGCGUAAUCCACUCCUUUCCGCCAUCUUUCACCCAAAAUGGAGAUAUAGCCACAUCCCCACUUGACGCCAGCGAGGAACGGAGUUCUCCAAAAAACCAACUUAGGCGGCUUGGUGCCAACUAAUCCAUUGGGCUGGGCUGCCUGAGGGGGGUCGCAGGGUACACAAAACACGACUGGGCUUUGGAUUUUUUUUUUUUUUUUCCUCCUUCCCUCACAGUCGUUUCUUUUUAUUUUCCCUCCUACACUCUCAACCCUCGCUACCCAACACUGGUUCCACAUAAACUUAAAUCCCACCCCAUCCCUGUCUCCCGCCUAGGCCCGCAUAUGAUUUUGGUCAUGUGCUUUGAAGAUAGCCAAUCCCGGCUCUCCAUCGCGAUGCCACCGAGACAAGGACAUUUGGCCAAUAAUCUGGAUCUCUCUCAUUGUCUUGAACAAUUCCACGCGUGACGGGUUUGAGGUGUUCCUCCAAAACACAUCCCUUCAUUGUUGUGUCAAGGAAAUGAAGAAGAUACACUCUCAGUUGGUUGCACACCUACAUGAAACUGUGCAAAGCUCUUGGUGAACGUACGGGCGUCGAUCUACAUUUUUUUUCAAGUUUAUUUCUGUCCUGAUACGCUGGGAACAUGCUCGCUACUUGACAAAUCAAACUGGUCGAGAUGAGAAAAACCGAUAGUUCGGCGUUGUGGAGACAAGAUUGACACCCGGAGGAGGAGCCGUGACAUUUUUUAUGAAAAUUUGCGGCACCCCACCCGCUUUCCUGCAGGGCGCUUUUUUUUCAGGGAAUAUCAGACUGACACCACGCACUUGGGGACCAUGGAGUUUUU